GUUAUGUAUUUAUUCUUUAAAGGUUGGAAUUUAUGUUUAACAUAACUUCGUGAAGUUUUUCAUAAGUUUAAAAGUCUUGACAGUGUCGAUAAAAAUUUAAUUUACUUUAUUGUUUUUGAUUAUCAUUAAUAAAAUAUAAGAAAAUUUUUGGUUAAGAAUAGUAUUAGUGAAUCAAAAAGUUUCUGUUAACAGAAUAAUAUUACAGAUGCCAUACAUUUUGGUACGUGGUAAUCUUGCAUCAUAUGGUCAUCGAUAUCCAUGGAGAGUUUUAGUAUCAGGUCUUAAAGCAUCCGAUAUAGAACAACUGAGUCGUUUUGCUUCUGGAGGAUAUAGUGAUGAUUCGACAAUAGUGUAUUUACAACAUCCUUGUGUAAUAUUAACUGCUUUAGAAGUUCUUGGUUACAAAGUCGUAGCAUCUUCAAGUACUAGUGUUAAACAAGAUUAUAAUGAGUAUAUGUGGACUAUGAGAAAAGAUUUUUCUGAACCUGAACCUGAACCUGUUAUUAAAACAGCAUUUUAGAAGCAAUAUUUUUCUUUUAACAGUAAAAGACAACGAAGUCUAGCAACCCCUUUUAGCUGAACAAUGUCGCAAUCAGGAAAUGCAAUGAUCGGAAAAUUAGCCAAUGUAAUAAAUGAUGAAAAUUA